AUGGAAGAACUACUUAGAUCACUUAUUAAAUUUGGUGGUACUCUUAAUGAGGAUGUUGUUAAAUGGUUGCACGAUAUGGAAGAAAUAUUUGAUCGAGUACAAUUACGACCAUCAAAUAAAUUUAUGGUUACACAAUCUUAUUCUAAUAUUCCUGACUGGUCCACAUUCCAGAUUGAAAUCGUUAAAGCUUUUCAAUUAUCAACUCCAUCAAAAGUUUCUUUAAUUUCAACAAUACCACAACAGGAAAAAGAGAAUGAAAAUAGCCGAGUUGAUUUAAUUAAUGAUAAUCAAAUUAAAUCAUUUGAAGCUUUAGAAAAUAAAUGCUUACGUAGAAAUGAACAAGGUUAUGACUCACCUAUAUUAGUUAAUAUUAAUGGUCUUGAUCUGAAAGUUUAA